AUGUUGAGGCUCCGCUCGCACUAUGACCGUCCGCCAACCGCUGUCAGCGCGUGUCUCGCGCCGCCGCCCUACACUGACAGCCCGUCGCGCUUAUUUACGACAAUGCGACACUCGACACGUGUAUUUCGGGAGCGCAGUACAGACGCCCGCCACAGCGCAGUUGCUGUUUCGGCGCGGGAAAUGGCACAGAUAAGAAAGCUUCCCAGCGUGAAAGGGAAACUAUCCGUUGCCAAG